CAGGUUGUGAUCGGAAGCAGAGCCCCAGAAGUGACUGACUGAAAGAACAAAGCAGAAGUGCCUGGGUAUCACUUACUACAGACACAGGAUUUGCAAACCUGAGAGAGAGAAAUGGCCCCGUCUGGAAGGAACCAGAGCUCUCUUUUUAGAGCAUUUUAAAGAAAAGACGUCACAGAGCUUUAGGGAGAAAGGGGCAAUUGGAAGGAUAAUGCAGCUGUCCUUUGCUGGGGUGAUUCUCUUCCUUGCAGGCUACUCCUGUGGGCUGGCUGCCCCGGAGUUGACUGGCCCUGGGGAGGUGAGCAGGCCCCUGGGCGAGUCGGUGUCUGUGCAGUGUCAGUACCGUGAAAGGUAUCAAGGAAAUAGCAAAUACUGGUGCAGAGGAGCAGUCUGGAGCUCCUGUCACACAGCUGUUAAGACCACAGGGUCGGAGGCCGAGGCAAAGGGGGACAGAGUCUCCAUCAGAGACAACCACAGGCUGCGCACAUUCACGGUGACCAUGGAGACCCUGACGCUGGGAGAUGCUGGGAUUUACUGGUGUGGGAUAAGCAAAUUUGGAUUCGAUCCGGGGGUUCCGGUUAAGGUGACUGUUCUCCCAGGCUAUUUCUCUGCCCUGGCUGCCCCGGCACUGACUGCCCCUAGGGAGGUGAGCGGGCCCCCGGGGGGCACGGUGUCCGUACCGUGUCACUACGGUAAAACAGCUCAGGGAUCUCCGAAAUACUGGUGCAGGGGAGCACAGUGGAACAGCUGCUCCAAAGUUGUUGAGACUGAAAGGUCAGAGGUCAAGGUGAAACGGGGCAGAGUCUCCAUCACAGACAGUCACAGCACGAGCACAUUCACUGUGACCACGGAGAACCUGACUCUGGAAGAUGCUGGGAUCUACUGGUGUGGAAUAAAUAUAAAAGGUGGAGGUGAUCCUUAUUUCCUUGUUAACGUGACUGUUCUCCCAGCUCUUUCCACUGCAGUGAUGGUAACCACUGGAUCUCUCUCCCCAGCAAUAGGCACAACAAACACAGCUGAGCACCCCAAAAGUUCUCCUUUCACCAGUGCUAUGUUCCUGCUGCCAAUGCUCCUGCUGGUUUUACUUAUAUUACUGAGCGGAGCCAUGCUUCUGGCCAGAAGAAUGAUGCUGAAGAGGAAAAAGGCUGCUGGAGCCGCUGGGCCUAGCGCAGCAGUGAAUGAGGCUGUUGCUAGCACCGAAAGUGAUGUUUCCUAUGCAGCUGUGAAACCUAAAUCUAGAAAAUCCAUCACCACAGCCCCAACGCCCCACUCCGCUCAGGCCGAGCCCAGUCCAGAAGGGGUGGAAUAUUCCGCUGUAGCUCCAGGAAUGACAGAUAUUUCCUACGCCACAGUGAAAUAUCCAAUCCUGGAUGAGCAGGCAAUCUACAUCAAUGUGGACAGGUCAUCCCGUCAACCCCCCUUGAGCAGCCCUCUGGAACAGACAGAGUACUGCGCAGUGAAAAAGAAAUAGGCUCCCUCUGGAACAUUUCCUUUCCCUCCCUUCCCUGUUGUUGUGUGGAAGUGCAAAGAUUGCAAUCUCUUGGAGCAGUGUUGCAAGGAAUGAAAUCGUCUGAGAUGAGCUGGUGCUGGUGGAGUCCCAGCCAGAUUAAGCAAAUGCCAGGUGGAACUAUAUUGAACUGGGAGACUCUCUCACCAGAAUGGUCUGAUGCAGCUAAACACGGUGUGGUGUAAUGGGGGAGGGGGGAAAAUGCUGUGGAAAGGCAGAAAAAUCAAUUACUCAGUCUUAUUUAUUUACAUGUACGUCAGUCCUCACUUGUACUCUCUCAUGCAAGUUAAAGCCGGAGGGGCGGGGGGAGGGAAAUGUGAUUCUGCAGAGAUGGGUCCAAGUCAUGUAGUUCUGCUCCAGUUUCCUAGAUUUGAAGGGGGAGAGGUUGGGUUUGGGAUCCAUCCCGACCCAGGGAGCAUGGUGGUGGUAACAUCUUCAUCCCCCAGCUCUCCUGAGACAGUGAAGCGGCUGCAUGCAUCAUAGCUGCUCAGGAGAGCGAAGAGAGCACCAUGGGAGCAGGACCACAGAAAGACAAGGGGUGGAGUGCGGCUGGCAUUUGGGGACAAUGCUUAGACAGGAGCAUUCCCCAAAAAGUCAGCUGGGACUUUGAUUGGAAUGGGCCCCCAAUGAAAGAAAAUGCCAGGGAGGAAAGGAGAAAGACCUCAGACACCAAGCAGCAUGGAAUAGCACCAGCUUGGUGGAGACGAUGCAACAUUGUUAGGAUAUUAGGUUGGAUAUUAGGAAAAACUUUUUCCACUAGGAGGGUGGUGAAGCACUGGAAUGGGUUACCUAGGGAAGUGAUGGAAUCUCCUUCCUUAGAGGUUUUUAAGGUCAGGCUUGACAAAGCCCUGGCUGGGAUGAUUUAGUUGGGGAUUGGUCCUGCUUUGAGCAGGGAGUUGGACUAGAUGACCUCCUGAGGUCCCGUCCAACCCUGAUAUUCUAUGAUUGUCGGGGGAUAGGCCUUGGAGAGAGAAGACAGAAGCCCUGGGAGGGGAGGGUUGGCAAGACCAGACCAGACAGACAGGAAGUGGGAGGGAGUUUUGCAUCAUUUCACUGCACACGUUAUGUUGCUAAAUAGGCAGUGACCUUUCAAUGAGGGAGCUCCUGAUAACACAGCACCAUGGGACAGGGAAAGACCGACAUUUGCCUGUGCAGAAUACAUUCCUUUUCAAUAGGAUUGGCCGGCAGCACUAAUGCAUGUUCUAGUUCACGGCCAUGAUAUCACUAAGAGCUGGUAAAUAAUUCAUAGCUAGGAAGCUGGAGGACUUAUUGAUCAGUCUCCAGCCUUUGCCUGUAGUUCCCACAGCCAAGCUCCCAGGUCAAGGAGGCUUCUGACUUGCACUUACAGAACCGAAGUCAGUAGCAUCUCUAGUGUGUCUCUUGAGUAGGAUGACCCAGGUCCAGGCUGUAUUGUGUGAUGCCUUCAGGCAGCCAGUCUUGUUCUAUCUGCUUUAACCACACACAAGUUAUCGGGCUUAAUAUAGGGGUAACUGGGUGACAUUUGAUGGCCUGCGAUACACACAAGAUCGACCUGAUGAUCUAAUGGUCCCUUCGGACUUUAAACUCUGUGGCUUUCAGCCUUUGGAGAUGUCACAGGACCUGCCCCUAUGCCCAUUGAAGUGAAGGAGAGUUUUUCCCAUUGACACCAAAGGGCUUUGGAUCAGGCUCAUGCAAAGUAGCUUGGCAGACUAGAAACAAAUCACAUUAUUUUAACUCUUUGAAGGCUGUGAUGAAGACACUGUAGCCCUGGGCACAUUGCUAUUGAACACAGAAGGUGGGACUGCAGCCUCAGGAUAGUGGCAAAGCCUCGUGCUUUAAGACCUCUCAUGUCCUACAAGGCCCAUAACCUCAGCCUCAGUUGUGUCAGCCACUGAGAGGAAGCUGAAGAAGCCAGUGAUGUCAGACUUUUAGUGUCACCUAUAGUCAGGGGCCUGGCGUUCCAGGGGGUGGCCCAGACUCCGCUAGCUGGGGAUGGUGGGUGGGUUACAGCAGCCAAGUAGAGUGUGGAAUUCACUCACUGAAGAUACAGAAACUUCCAAGUUUGGGAGUAAGUUUAAUGCUCAUGAAAGGAGGGUCAGGGGGUGGAAGCAGCUGCAUGGUCCAAGGACAGGAGACCAAACUGGGAGUCAGGAACCGUAAGUUCUGUUCCCAGCUCUGCAACUGACCCCCUGUCUGAUCUUGGACAAACCCCUUCAGCUCUUUGUGCCUCAGUUUCCCCCACUGUGAAGCAUGGGGGAUGGCUAUGCAUUGAGAGAUCUAUGGAGGAAGAGUGGUAUAUACCAAAGUGUUCAGUAGGGUUAUUUACAGGGGUGGGUUGAGCCAGGCACAGAGAGCGUGUGCUGUGCUACAGCUCUGCCAACAAAGCACCCCCAAUACUGACACACAGCCACAUCCUGAGCUCUCCCCCAGUUCUGCCAAUGGUCUCACCCUUCUUCAGUGCCUGCCUUGCUGUAGAGAAGCCCAGGAUUAGUAAAGGCUGCCAGCUGAUGAAUUACACCAAGCCUAGUGUGGUUCUGCUGCGAGGUGCACAGAGAGGGACUGGCACAAGCUCAGACCCUUCAUUCAGGAACUCAGGGGGUCUCUAAGGCAGACCCUGUAAUGAACCAAUGCACAACACCUCAGCUCUGAGUGCUCACUCCUGCCUCGUUGGUUUUGUCAUCUAGACAGACAUUCGGAGAUGCAGGAGGGCUGACAGGAGUCAGAUCGGAGUUGGAAUAGUUCAGAGCCAAGGUACUUUGUCUCCACCCCUAAGCUAAAGUUCAUUACAUGCACACAGCCUCCUGUUACUUACAGGGUGGUGGGGGAAUGGUGUUUAAAGAAACAAGAGCAAUACCCUGCCGAGGGAAACUUGGACCACUUACUCAUGCCAGUCUCAAACCAGGAGAUGCAUGUGACAGAUAUAUUGCAGGAAGUUGCCCUCUUUGGGGGACCAUAUUGUACUAAGUGUAUGAAUGGUUUAUGUAUCUGCAUGGGCCAGGGACUGCAUGCACUCUGGGGUGAUGGGGAGGGUUACCACAGCUCCUCCACAAAGUGAAGGCAGCAGGGGCACAGUAAGGCAGAUCAGGCAGGGUAUAAAACACUUCCUGAGAAGUAUCCUUGGCUGGGGAGUGGUAUUCUUGUUCAGAUUGGCUGGUCUCUGAAGAAUCCAAAGAAAGGACUUUGGGGAUAGUUAACUCACUUUUAAACUGACUCAGGGCCUUCCUUCCUUCCGCUUCAUGAUCUAAAAAGACUGAUACAAACUUGUAACCACAGGGAAAAAAAAUCCAGUUGCAGGGUUUGGAAGGACUGGCAUUUUCUAGAGCCCAGUGUUGGGAUUGGAGGGGGCGUGACUGCUGGUCAGUUUAACAUCACACACCUUUUGUUGUUUUAGAUCCUUUCUCUGUAAUGCUUUUAUCUUAAGAAUAAAGGUGCUUGCUUAGCAGGA